AUGUUAUUUAAUUUAAAAUAUUUUUUUUCAAAUUUUUUAGUAUUUCGGCAAGGCGAAUGUGUACAAGGGUGGUAUUUACUUCUUACGGGAGAAGUCCAACUAUACAUUGAACAAACAACAUCGCAAAGCGAUAAUAAAUUUAUUGAACAGCAAAUUAAAAUUAUAGGGCCGGGUACUUUAUUUGGAGCAUUACAAACAUGUCACAAACACUCCUGUUCAGCAAAAAUCUUAAAAAAUGCAGAAUUUGUCAGAAUUCCCCAAAAUAAUUUUCUUCUCAUUUACAAUAAAUGGGCAGACAGAUUACAGUCUUGUAUUGUUUUAAUGGAAGAUUUAAAUAAUAAUAAUAUUCAAAACCCCCCAAAAAGUAACAGACAACUUCCAAAAUUACCAAAUGAAAAGAAAAGGAGAACAAAAGAAGAAAAAGAAAAUAAUAACAAUAAAUUACAACAAAAUGAACAAUUAAAAAAUAAAAAAAUAAAUAAUUUAAAUGAAGAAAAAAUUGAAAGUAAAAAUAUUGAAAAUGGGUUUUUAUUGGAAAUUAAAGAUUUAUUUCAAUAUGAUGAUAAACAAUUAUUCUUUGCUGCUGAAAUUCUUGCAAAUGAAAUGUCUAAUUCUAAAUUUUGUGAUAAAUUAAUAAAUAUUUGGAUUGAUUGUUUUAAUAUUCCAUUACCUUCAAAUUAUUUAAUAGAAUUGGGAAUAGGUCAAUUAUUGCUAGACAAUUCUUUAUUAAUUAUUUCAAAAAAUUCUGAUCACAAUCCCCAAUUCAAUUUUUCCUCAAUUUAUUAUUGGUCAUUACCCUCAACAUCAGAAAAUAAAUUAAAAUAUUUUGAUAAACAAAUAUUAGCUAAUUCUUUAAUUUUUCUUGCAAAUUCUGGAAGGGAUUCUCUUUUACAAACAAUUCUUAAAAAACCAAAAGAUUAUCGAACAGAAGAAGAAUUAAAAUUAAUUUUAGAAGAAAUUAAUUAUAUUCGCGGUUUCAGUUAUUUAAGUAAAGGAAUUAAAAGAGGAAUUGCUAAAAUUAUUUGUUUGGAAAUUGUUGAAUAUGCGGGCACAAUUAUUUUUAAAAAGGGGGAUUUAGCUAAUUGCUGGUUUGUUUUUUGA